AUGAAACGAUCCGCGACACUACUUCUCACCUCUGUUGGCGCUUCUGUUGCUCAAAACAGCAACGGCACCAAGAUUGACGUCGUUGCCCCGUACUUGGGCAACUCAUCUUUCCACGCGUCCGUCAAAGAUGUCAGCGCCGAUAGGACUACGUACAUCUUGGGCUGUGAGGCGGCUACAGCGGUUGCUGGAUGUGUUGAUUCGGGCAAGGCCGUCGGGAACUUCAGUGGCCUGACCAUUAUCAACGCGCCUACUACCGUCGAGGUGCACCAUACAUACACCGACAAGGACGUUUCAGUUAGUUACGCAGGCUACACCACGGGAGAUAGCCUCAUAUACGACGAAUACCUCACAAGAGAGGGCACCCCUUACCAGUUGGCCUACUUCCAGAUGGCCAAGUCUGAUUUCACCGUCCACCUCACCGUGACCGCCGGCGCCGAGAAACUGGCGCAGCAGACGGCCAAGGCCACCGAGCCUGCUCAGGCGGGUGCGUCGGCAACGGUGGCCUCGCAGGCCUCGGCAACCAACGGCACGGCCAAGCCCACGUCCAUCUCCAUCCCCAACGCCGCCACGUCCCACGCCGCCCUAUCGAACGUCUUUGCGGGGUUUGCGGGUGCCGCUGUGGUCGCGGCCAUGCUUCUAUAA